AUGAUGAGCAAUCAACAAUCAACAACAAAUGCAUACACAGUUCCAAAAGGUGCAGAAGGUCGCCGAUGCAUCAAUAUCCAACAGAUGCAAAAUGUACUUCUAGUCUGGUUAGACAGCAACAUUGACGAAACAGAUGAUGAUUGUCAAAAUACAAUCACAAAACUACGAUGUGCUGUUAACGACGUCAAUAGAUAUACAAACGGUGAUAAAUGUCUUGAAUUCAUUCAAACCAUCGUCGACAAAAAAGUAUGUAUGAUUAUAUCAGGAUCACUUGGACAACAAAUUAUGCCUCGCGCACACAAUAUGUCGCAAGUUGAUUCAAUUUUCAUUUUUUGUGGCAAUAAAAAAUUACAUGAACAAUGGGCUAAAGAUUGGCCCAAAAUAAAGGGUGUCUUCACAGAUAUUACACCCAUCUGUGAAGCACUGAAGAAAGCUGCUCAUCAAUGUGAGCAGAAUGCCAUUCCCAUGAGUUUCGUGAGAACAAAUAAAAAGUUGGAUCAAUUAGAUCCUUCUUUUAUGUACACCCAAAUCAUCAAAGAAAUUAUAUUAACUAUCAAAUUCGGUCAAAAUCACAUACAAGAUUACCUUAAUUACUGUCGUGAGGCUUUUACUGACAGUAAAGAGGAAUUGAUUAAUAUUAAGCGAUUAGAAGAUGAAUACCACAAGAAAACACCCAUUUAUUGGUAUACUUGUCAGAUGUUCCUGUAUCCAAUGCUCAAUCGUGCAUUAAGAUUGAUGAACGGUGACAUCAUUACACAUAUGGGUUUCAUCAUUGGUGAUUUACAUCGACAAAUUGAACAACUGCACAAGGAACAAUAUGCUGGUACAACUGCUGCUGACACCUUUACCGUUUAUCGUGGUCAAGGUUUACCUACAGAGGAUUUUGAAACAAUGAGCAAAACUAAAGGUGGUCUUGUUUCAUUCAAUAAUUUCUUAUCUACUAGCAAAGUUCGCAAUAUAUCACUGGGUUUUUCUCAAGAUGCUGCAAGAAAUCCAGAUCAAGUCGGUGUACUUUUUAUCAUGAAAAUUAAUCCUACUGAAUCAACAACAACAUUUGCUUCCAUUACUGGCAUCAGUAAAUUUCAGAAGGAGGAGGAAGUCUUAUUUUCGAUGCAUAGUGUUUUUCGUAUCCAGGAUAUUAACCAAAUGGGCGAAAAUAAUCGUUUAUAUGAAGUUCAUUUGGUAUUGACUACUGACAACGAUCCAGAAUUAAGUAGACUUAAUGAUUACAUUCGAAAAGAGAGUUUUCCAAACAACGAAGGAUGGUACAGAUUGGGUUCGGUACUAUAUAAAAUAGGCCAAUUUGACAAAGCUGAAGAUAUUUAUCAGGUUUUACUUGAUCAAGCCAAAGAUGAUAAAAACAGGGCACAUAUUUACAGUCAACUUGGUUCGAUCAAGAAGGAUCAAGGAAAAUAUGGAGAAGCACUAACAUUCCAUAAACAAUCACUUGCUAUCUGUCAAAAAACGCUUUCUCCCAAUCAUCCUGAUUUGGCUAUGUCCUACAACAACAUUGGUAUUGUGCAUUACAACAUGGGUGAUUAUCCAAAAGCACUUUCUUAUUAUGAAAAAGCCAUUGCAAUUCGACAACAAUCAUUUCAUCCCAACCAUCCUGAUUUGGCUGCUUCCUACAACAACAUUGGUGAAGUGCAUAGAAACAUGGGUAAUUAUGCGAAAGCACUCUCAUCUCAUGAAAAAGCUCUUGAAAUCAAACAACAAUCGCUUUCUCCCAAUCAUCCUGAUUUGGCUCAGUCCUACUACAAUAUUGAUUUGGUGCAUUACAAUACGGGUAAUUAUUCGAAAGCACUUUCUUAUCAUGAAGAAGCCCUUAAAAUCAGACAACAAUCACUUUCUUCCAAUCAUCCAGAUUUGGCUUCUUCCUACAACAUCAUUGGUGAAGUGCAUAGAAACAUGGGUAAUUAUGCGAAAGCACUUUCAUCUCAUGAAAAAGCCCUUGAAAUCAAACAGCAAUCACUUCCUCCCAAUCAUCCUGAUUUGGCUCAGUCCUACAACAAUAUUGGUUUGGUAUAUGAAAACAUGGGGAAUUACUCAAAAGCUCGUACAUUUUAUGAACAUGCUAUACAAAUUGCACAACAAUCAUUACGUUCAAAUUAG